CGGCGCUGGGAGCAACAGUCUUCCCUUCUCCCUGCUCGGCGGCCAAUGCACAGAGCUCGGCUCAGGCUGCUCAACAACGCCCGUUAUGUUCCAACUGGACUCCCUGCCUCACCCAGGAUGAACGGCGUUCACUUUCACUGACGCGGUGACCUGAGGCGCGACACUUUCACGAUGCCUCGUUCUUUUCUGGUGAGGAGUAAGCGGUUCAACAGUUAUCAGGGCCAGCGGUUCGAUGAAGAUGAUUAUGUGAUCAGCCUGGCAAACCCUUCAGUGACUAGACAAGUGGAGACCACAGCUCAGGAAAUGCCGUCUCUUGUAAUUAAGUUAGAGGAGUCCUCGCGGAGCCUCAAACCCAUCGAAAACUCCACCUCAGUCUGCAGCUCCAAGUCAAAGUGCUGGAGAGCCCCUCAGACGCAUGCCAGCUCAGGAGACACAAAGGACGGCCACUCAGUUUCUCCAGGAACGGAGGAGGAAGCAUGCGAGAGAAGUCCCAAAUGUGAGGACCUCUGGGGACCCCGCUCCCCUUCAGGUUCAGAUAAAGUGUUUCUCCCUUCGGAAGCCGGGACACCGGGAUUACGGUGCAGGCCAUACCCCUGGACCAGAUACGCCACAGGCAGACUCAAACACCUGGUUGUGGAUUACCUGUCACCGCUGCUGGAAUCCAGAGCCACUGUCGAAAAGCAGGUCAACACACAAGCCAUUGAGGAUAAUGGACACAUCCUCUUCACUCGGAGAGGCCGAUACAGAGCUCCGUACGACUGCACCAAAUGUGAUAAGGGCUUCUCAACUCCACAUGGGUUGGAGGUUCACGUCCGAAGAUCACACAGUGGCAGCCAGCUCUUCACCUGUGAGAUGUGUGGCAAAGCCUUUGGCCACUCUGCCAGUCUGGAACAGCAUCAAGCCACACACACCCAGACCAAGGAAAAGAGUUUCAACUGCAAGAUUUGUGGGAAGAAUUUCAAACGCUCCUCCACAUUGUCCACGCACCUACUGAUCCACUCGGAUACCCGGCCAUAUCCGUGCCAGUACUGUGGGAAGUGCUUCCAUCAGAAAUCCGACAUGAAGAAACACACCUUCAUCCACACAGGUGAGAAGCCUCACAAAUGCCAGGUGUGUGGAAAGGCCUUCAGUCAGAGCUCCAACCUGAUCACCCACAGCAGGAAGCACACAGGCUUCAAGCCUUUCAUGUGUUCCAACUGUGGGAAAGGAUUUCAGCGGAAAGUCGACUUGCGGAGGCAUCAAGAGACACAUAUUGAUUUUAAUUCGGCUGGUUUAUAGUUCAAAUGGAGCGGAGUAUUCCCUGCAAUUGAGCCCAUGUGAGGCAUCCUAGUUCUCUGUUUCAGACAAUAAGCAACAACCCAGCUCUCUAACUCAACCAAUGAGUGAAUCCUGCUCUGAGAUUAAGCCGGUGAAUGGCGAACUGGUCCCGAAGACAGCCAAACGGAAACAUCCUUGCUCUCCAGUCCAAUCAAUCACAAGUACCAUACCAUUAACCUCUUCUCUAACUGAAUCAAAGUGGCAUUGUUGCCACUCAACCAGAAUUGAUGAGCUGUUCUAGAUGUUUUUGGAAUUGGUACAGGGAUGGUUUGCCAAUGGUUUGGAGCUUUACUGGCCAUUGUACAGGGAAUGCUGUUCCUUCUUUCAUUCUGGUCCAGAUGGAAAACCAUCAAAACAAGGCCAACCUCCCUGCAAAGUCUUUUUAACGUAUUUUCCAAAAAUGUUAAGAUGUAAAUAGUGCCUUAACCUGGAAUACCAAUGAACACUGAUCAGUGCUUUCUCUGAACCUCAUUGGACAAUGGCGAAGAUCUAUGUCUGUUCACAGGGAAACAUUAUUUUGUCUGUAGCUCAGUCCUGAGCUCAGUGCAACAAUGUUUUGUAAGCACUAUCCUGGUGGAUGAGAGAAUCGUGGUAUUUCAGGUUUCCGUAGUUGUAAAUGUGUGUAUGAUAUAUUUUCAUUAAUAAUAAAGAUAUCCCCAUUUACAAUGAGUGCAUUACAAUGUAAGA